AUGUCUAAGAGUAAGGCUGUUCUAUUUCGUCCCUCUAAUCGUGUAUUCCCUGAGUUUGAUGUAUUUAUACAACAUAACAGCAUUCGGUUUUUGGACAGGAUAAAUUGUCUCGGCGUUAUCAUUGAUAGUGAGCUUUCUUUCAGUCACCACAUUGAUGCAUUAUCGGGUAAGAUUUUAUCUUCAUUACGUAGAAUUUAUGCUUCUACCUUAUAUCAUACCUUCCAUGUAAGUACACGAAAUUGUAUUUGCUUAUUUGUCAUCAACUCUCCUUAUUACUUUUUUUGUACAGAAAUUCACUUUCCCAAUGGUCAUGUUGACGUGCCAAAUUUUGGACGCUGCGUAACACCGAAUCGUGAAAGAGCACUGUGCAUUAUAUUGGAAGACUGUAAAUAUCUGUACAAUGUAUUGAUAACACCACCAUUGAGAGAUGCCGAUCGUCUAUAUUUAAGUCGCAGUCAGUGUGGUUAUCAGAAUGGUAAAGUUUUGAUUUGCUGUCCUGAUCGUUACCGCACGAUUCAACCAAUGUCAUCUGCACCCGUAGCUCCGGCACCGGCAUAUGUCAACAAUAAAUUGCCACAACCCGGCCAGUGUGGUAAUGUUUUGUCGAAUCGUAUUUAUGGUGGUAAUAGGACAAAAAUCGAUGAAUUUCCCUGGAUGGCAUUGAUUGAAUAUACAAAGGGUAACAGUGGUAAAGGUCACCAUUGUGGUGGCUCGCUCAUCAAUAGCCGUUACGUUCUUACCGCCUCACACUGUGUCAAUGGCAAAUCCAUACCCUCCCAUUGGCGUCUGACCGCUGUUCGUCUCGGAGAAUGGAAUCUUAAAACAAAUCCAGAUUGUGAAAUAGAUAUACGCGGCGAAAAAGAUUGUGCACCCGAAUAUAUUGAUGUACGAGUUGAACGUGCCAUACCACAUCCACUGUAUAAUCCAAAUUCUCGAAAUCAAGCUAAUGACAUUGCACUGCUGCGUUUGGAACGUAACAUUGCCUUUACAGAUUUUAUUAGUCCCAUAUGUUUGCCUGCUAGUUCUAGCCUUAGAUCGGCAACAUUUGAUGGUAUUGUAAUGGAUGUGGCCGGUUGGGGUAAAACGGAAAAUAUGUCUGUGUCGGAUCUUAAGUUGAAGGCCUCGGUGACGGGACAAAGUAUCAAUGAAUGCCGUUCGAUAUAUAUGCGUCAAAAUAUCAUUCUUGAGGAUUCACAAAUAUGUGCUGGUGGCCAAGAGGGUAUUGAUUCAUGUCGUGGUGAUUCCGGUGGACCUCUGAUAAGUUUAGAUACUACAAAUAGGGUUCGAGCAUAUUAUUUCUUGGCCGGUGUUGUAUCGUUUGGACCCACGCCCUGUGGUUUGGAAGGCUGGCCGGGAGUAUACACAAGAGUUGGCAAUUUUAUGGACUGGAUUAUACAAAAUGUUGAAUCAUAA